AUGCAGCUCUCAUUCAUUAAUCAAGGAGCGAAUACUCGCAGCCUAAGCGAGGCGGACCGGAGUACGAUACGUCGGAUCUCUCGACAAGUGGGAGCGGCAACCCGCAAAGCCAACGGUAACGGGAAGAAGGUCAACAAACUGCAAAUCCCCGACUUCCUGAUGUCUAGUCUUGGAGCAAAUUAUGAGGUGCAAGCUCCUUUAACAAACGCCCCAGGGUGCCACAAGUUGCUCAAGCCUAGACCAAAAGUCUCUGAUUUGCGAUCUAAGAAGAUUCCCAGCAAUGCGCCUGAGGGUGAACAGUGGAUGACGGCCAUCCCUGCUUCGUUGUCGUUCAAACCGAAUGGGCGGCCCAUCCCCUCAGGCAUUUCUGUCUUCAUGCUGCCCGACCUCACUGCAAAGCUGCUUGAUUAUGCUACCACUGUUGAUUUGCUCGCCAAUCCGGCCAGGUGGAUCAAGGCGUUCCGCCUGAGCAACCCUUCGGCCCUACAGCUUCUCCCACAACGCUACGGUUAUAGCAAAUGUCUAGAUGAUGCCAUUGAUUGCGCGGCUGGACGCAUUCGCCUAUGUCUAGCUGGGGAUGAGUCUGCACAGCAGUCUGAUAAGCUUGAGGUUGACAAAUUGUAUGGCCGAGCUUUGAGGAGCCUAAGCCUAGCCAUUGCCGCCCCCAGUCCGAUUGACUGGACGGUGUGGUACGCAACUUUGACAUUGCUUCUUGCUGAGGUGUUGGAUAACAAUAGCCAGAAUGGGUGGAUCAUGCAUGCACGUGGCGCGUUCGAUGUGCUGCUGGCUUUGGGCCCCGACAAGAUCCACACAGAAGUCGAGAAGGAUCUACUCAUCACGCAGGGUGGUGGUAUGAUCAUGGAAGCCACUUUUGCCAAUAUUGACUGUUUUCUGAGUCGGGCAGAGUGGCAAUCAGCCUUGCAACGCUGCAUAGAUCCUUCAUCUCAAGCAGGAAAACGCUCUGAAUCGGCGAUCAAGCUAUGGAUGAUUCUAGCUCGUGUGCCUGGAAUCUUCAGGAGCAUCACCGAGGUUGUUAUGCAUCGGAAUAACACCGAACUCAAGGCUGCAUUGAUCGACCAACUUCGUAUCUUGCUUGCCGAAUUGACAUAUUGGGGCCGCCACCUUCGCUCUGAAACAGGCAGCUUUCGCAGUCGAUAUGCACGGAGACACUAUCAAUCAACCACCACCAGAUACCUGUUGUUCUUAACAUUGGCCUACCGUUUUCAGACUGCUCUUGAUGUCGCUUCGGCACCUACGGCAGAGGCGAAUGCCGUCGAGGCUGCGUCUUGCCUUGAGAUAGUCAUCGAGUCGCACCAACGCAAGCCUGGAUCAGCUCCGACGCUGAGACUCGCGAGGAAGAUAGUUGAUUCGAUUAACACUACCACGGCGUGUUGGUCCCGGCCACAAUCAAGUGACCCAACAGCUCAAUCAGGGACAAUUGCACCCGAAGUGUUCACACAAUGGUCUACGUUGGUGGGAAGGGUGGUAUGA